AUUCAGUGCUGAGAUCGAGAUCAGUUGAGCAAGACAGUUCAAAGUGGAAACAUCGUCCACCGAGUCACAGUGUAUAAAUAGAGAGGAUUUUUUUUUAUUUUUGGUCCGCAUAAUAUACAGAGAGAUCUAGAAUAACAGUUGGAACUCCAUAGUAGUGAUUCAUCGCUCGUUUGGUUUUUACGUCGAACUUAUCGGUUCAGAGUUGAACCCCAAGUGAAUUAGGUACAAAAUAGUUGGAAGCAGCCAAAAGUGAACCGAAAAUGUCGUGGUAUUAUACGCCCAAACCCACCGUGUUCCCGGCCGAAGACUUCAACCCAUCGGCAGAUGCUGCGGCACUGCGCAAAGCCAUGAAGGGCUUCGGAACCGACGAACAAGCCAUCAUCGACAUCCUGUGCGCGCGUUGCAACUGGCAGCGUCAGGCCAUUUCCGAGGCGUUCAAAAACGAACUGGGCCGAGACUUGAUCAAGGACCUGAAAUCGGAACUCGGCGGUAAAUUCGAAGACGUCAUCCUCGGUCUGAUGCUACCGCCGGUCAACUACCUCUGCAAACAUUUGCACAAAGCCAUGGACGGUAUAGGAACCAACGAACGUGCGCUUAUCGAGAUUCUUUGCUCGCAAAACAACGAACAAAUGCAUCACAUUUCACGGGUUUACGAGGAACUGUACAAUCGUCCACUGGCGGAGCAUGUUUGCACGGAAACAUCCGGUGAUUUUCGGCGAUUGCUCACAUUGAUCAUCACCGGUACACGCGAUCCACCAGGAACGGUUGAUCCGGAUCUCGCCGUCGAACAAGCGAAGCAAAUGUACGAAGCAGGAGAGGGCAAGUGGGGUACGGAUGAAUCCGUUUUCACCAAGAUCAUGGCCCACUCGAGCUUCGAUCAGCUGGAGUACGUGUUCGAGGAGUACAAGAAACUGACUGGACGUACCAUCGAACAGGCGUUGAAGGCCGAAGUUAGCGGAGAUCUGUACAACGCCCUCAGUGCGAUAGUGGAAUGCGUCCAGAUGGCGCCGCACUUCUUCGCGAAGCGAUUGUUCGAAGCCAUGGACGGAUUGGGCACGGACGAUACCACUCUGAUUCGAAUUAUCGUGUCGCGAUCGGAGAUCGACCUGCAGAACAUCAAGGAUGAGUUCGAACAAAUGUACAAUAAAACGCUGAUGAGCGCAGUUAAGAGCGAAACGUCCGGUGACUACAAGAAAGCUUUGUGUGCCUUGAUUGGAGAUGCCUAAGAAUGAGUGAUCGUAGCUAACCUUGAACCUCAAACACAAAUUUCAUAUGGUCGAUGUAUACAUAUUUUAAAACCAUAUUAUUCUCAAGUGAAAAGCUAAUGACAUUCAAUUACAUGAAAAUGCAGUGCAGUUUUCAAACAAGUGCCAAGAAAAAAACACAGAUGGCACUUUUUAAUAUACACUCUAUUGGUAAAGACAAACAAAUUUACACGCUCGAGUUAAUGAAACACAAAUUAAAACAUUAAAGUCAAUUGACCCUCAAAAAGAUAAACCAGUAGCUUCAAUCUGAACGGCAAGUACGUGUUAUUUAUUGUGUGUAUUGUUCGAUUCAAACCAAUAAAUGCCCUAAAUAAAAU